AUGCCUCUUCGGGAACUCUAUAACUCUGGUGCAGGUUUUCUAGUAAAUGAUAUUUGCAUUGUUCAAGCCAAGAUCAAUGUCCCGGUUAAAAUUGGUGGCCAAGAAACUAAUAUUUCUGCAACUAUGGAGUCAUCAAAGAAAGGACUUAAGGGGCAGGAAUCACAGAGGAAUUCUGAACUCCAAAACACACCAGGUUUUCAAGCUUGCACUGAGGCUACUGAUGAUAGCCCUUCUGACCCUUCCUUAGCCAAGGUACUCAGGGAAGUCCCCACCACCCCAACGGGCGACCUUAUGGAUUUUAGGGGUUUAGGACGAAUAGAGACGGCUUUUAUUCCUUGGCUAGAAGAAGUCUGCUCAUCGAAUCCGUCCUUGAUUGACUGUAUGCUCAAAAGAACUCCGAUGUUUGUUGAAUGCGCAUUCACAGCUUUGGGCCGUGUGCUGCAUUUUCUAAAGACAACAAAGGCUAAAGAUAUGACCAGGGAUGCUUCUGACCGCCUUCAACUAUUCUGGGAAGAGCUCGAGGCCUUUAGAUUUGAUUUAGCAUGGCUGGAGCCGCACGUUCAAACAGCAUUUGGUAUGAACAAGUUUAUACAAAGAGCAGGGAGACUGAAAAGGCUGAGAGAAGACGUAGACGUUUUGGAGGAUGAACUUAAAAGGCGGAGGGCAGCAGUAGCUGUUACAAAGGUUGAUCUUGCGUUCAAUAGCGGCCCUGUGUCCGAGGAGGGAAAACUAAAGUCGGCCUAUACUUGA